CACAUGGCCAGAACCUGGCCAUUACCGGAACUCUUGAACAUAUUGGCCAAAAUUUGGCAAAAAUUUGGCCACCGUUUUUUGACCGUUAGCAGCGGUUAUGAUUUCAAUGGAAAAUAUUGAACAUUUUGAAUUUUCAUUGAAGUUGGUACGUAAUUCCGAUUCUCUUUGAUUGGUUUAUGCUGUCUUAAUUUAUUGGCUUAUUUUUCAGCUGGAGACAUAGGAGUUGGGACGUCGUUCUGAUUCCCUUUGAUUGGGUAAUGAUUGCUUAAUUUACUGCCUUUUUUCAGUCAGAGCAGUGUUGGAAAGUGACAGUAUGUGCUGGCACAUGAUUUGUCACUGAAUUAUCUUCAAUUUCUUACUGAUUCAUGGUUUAAGUACUUAUUAGCAUAACUCCGCAAGCUAACGACCUGCACUGUGUCAGACAUUCUGCUGGAAGGGAGUCCAACUUGAGGCGAUAGAAAAAACAUAUCUUCAAAUCUGCAAAAUUUUAGCCAGUUUAUUACAAGAUGUGCUAAAAUGACACACAUCUGGAUAAGACUGACUAGUUCUCUACAUGUUUAAGUGGUAAUUUCCUGGUCCUUGGUUCCAAUAUUUACGGUUGGCUACGAAGGAAAGAGAAGGAGUUACCAAAAUAUUACGGAAAUGAUACGUUCCCGGGAAGUCAAUCGAAAAUAUGCAUUCUUGAGACCUACAAUUUAUCUAUGGAAAUUUAUUCAAGCUUUUUCGCUCUUGAAAAUGUUAACUCUGCUUCCAGCAUCAGCCAGAGAAAUUAUUUCGGGUGAACCUGAAACUCUUAGUCUCAAAAAUCAGGACGCAAUGAUCGAAUAUAUCAAUAAAGUUCAGUCAUCGUGGACGGCAGGAAAAAACUUUCCUGAUGACACGCCUGAAAGCUACUUGAGACGGCUUGCUUCGUUUCGCGUGCCGGAAGACGAUUUGCCGAGGUUACCAGUUUGGGAAGAACCUGAGGAUGAAGGCGGGGUAACUUAUCCACGUGGCGAUCCACCCGCUGAGUUUGACGCCAGGACAAAAUGGAGCAAGUGUGCCAGUAUUUCUCAUAUUUACGACCAGGGCAACUGCGGGAGCUGUUGGGCAGUAUCCACGGCGUCCGUCAUAACGGAAAGGAUUUGCAUCACCACUGACGGUGCCUUUCAGGGCACUAUUUCGGCAUGGAACAUUGCAUCUUGCUGUACGGAUGAGGUCAAGUGUGGUGCUGGUUGUGAAGGCGGCUUCCCCGCAAAGGCUUUCCAACACUAUGUAAAAAAAGGUUUGGUCACGGGAGGAGAAUUUGGCACGAACCAGGGUUGCAUGCCGUACGAAGCAAAACAUUGCUCUCACCACAUGGGUAAAGAUGGAAAAUUUCCAGAUUGCCACAGUUACAACGAAACAGCGGUUCCGAAAUGUGUGACGGCGUGCCCUAAUAAAGGCUAUAAGAUUGCGUUUGCCAAGGACAAACACUUUGGAAAACGCGCAUACAAUGUAAAGGCUGCUGAUCUCAAAAAAGAGCUAAGUACUUAUGGUCCGGUUGUGAUGGCUUUUGAGGUAUUUGAAGACUUCUACCUGUAUAAAACAGGGAUAUACCACCAUACGACUGGUAAAUCAAUGAGCUGGCAUGCUGUAAGGAUAGUCGGUUACGGCAACGGCUACUGGUUAGCUCUCAAUUCCUGGAAUCCAGAAUGGGGAGACCACGGGACAUUCAAAAUAAAAAGCUUCGUCGAUGAAUGUUCGUGUGAAUCGAAGUAUGGUUUUGACACAGCUGAGCCGAAAUAGCAAUGCUUCAGGAGUGACACCUGCAUCAUGCACGUCUUAGGAAUACAUUAUUUUCACAACGUACAUUUUUUGGUUUUUUUAUUAAAUUCAAGUACUCAAUUUGCAAUCGAAAUACAGUAUGAUAAAAAUUAAAAUUAAAGGGAGGAUGAAGUAGUAUAAUUCCACCCAAAGCUACCAUCCUCCAAAAAUAAAAAUGUUUACGUUCUGAAAAUGUUUAAUUUUGACUUAAGUUCGUUCAAAUCAUGUAUCAGGAUACUCCUUGCAUUUUCGAUUUGUGUUGUGAUAAGAUUUUGUCAUUUAACUUUCUGACGGAAAAAAUCUUUCUCCUGACCCCUCUCCAGAAAAUAUGUUGAUCCAUACCCAUUUGAACAAGGAUUAAUAAAUGUGUAAUGAAUAUAAACUAAUAAAAA